AUGGCCUCUUCAGCCGGCAAUGAAGGGCACAUCUACUCUGCUACGUACAGCAAUGUCGGUUUCUUCUCUUCUUCUUCUUCUUCUCCUCCUCCCCCUCCCCUCCCUGUCCCGGUCUACGAAUACAAGUUGGGGACUGAGAAUGUGAUGAGACGGCGGGUGGACGACUGGGUUAACGCGACUCAUAUUCUGAAAGCUGCCGGCCUGGACAAGCCGUCAAGAACUCGUAUCCUCGAGCGUGAUGUCCAGCGCGGAGUCCACGAGAAGAUCCAGGGUGGCUACGGGAAAUAUCAAGGAACAUGGAUACCUCUGGCCGAAGCUCGAGCUCUGGCGGACAAGAACAAUGUCCUGGACAAGCUACGGCCCCUGUUCGACUUCAUGACCGGCGACACCAGCCCUCCUCCGGCACCAAAACACUCCACCGCAGCAUCCAAACCAAGAACACGGGGUGGAGGUGCUGGUAGCCGUCGUGGCGCGGCCGGCUCGACUCGCGGCUCCUUUUCAGCUGUCGGCCACCAUAUGCCUCCCGUACCACCUGCUGCACCACCUGCCAACUCGGCACCGGCUAGUUUUAACCAGGAACCGCAGCAGCACCAGCACCAGCACCAGCAGUAUGGCGUCAGCCAGUCCUUCAAUGAGACCUCGUCGAUAAUGCAGGGAAGCCCCGAAGCCUCUUCCCUCAUAGCGGAUGAGGACCUGGCUCAGAUGUCUCCUGAAUCAACCCAGUCUCGCAAGCGAAAGAGAGGUGACAAUGAUGUCGCCAUGAGCAUCAUAGAACAGAACCACAUCCUAUACGGAGACCAGUUGCUGGACUAUUUCAUGACUGUUGGCGAUGACCCAAGUGCGUCUCGUGUGCUUCCUCCAGUGCCACCUACGCACUUUCAAGUGGACCGGCCGAUCGAUGACCAGGGUAACACUGCACUCCACUGGGCCUGUGCUAUGGGUGACAUUGAUAUUGUCAAGGAUCUCAUCAGCCGAGGUGCCGAUGUGCGUGUUCGAUCCAAGCACGACGAAACACCACUUGUCCGUGCUGUCUUGUUCACAAAUAACUACGAGAAGCGCACUAUGGGAGAGCUGGCAGACCUACUACACAGCACUAUAACAUUCCGUGACUGGUUUGGCGCAACCGUCUUUAACCAUCUCGCCGCAACGACACGGAGUAAAGGCAAAUGGAAGAGCUCUCGGUACUACUGCCAGACCCUGAUCGAUAAGCUUUCUCAAGUGUUUCCCAGGCACGAGAUCUCGUUACUCCUUUCGUCGCAGGACGCGAAUGGGGAUACGGCUGCCCUGACUGCUGCGAAGAACGGAUGCUACAGGCUUGCGACGACUCUCCUGGCACAAUGCCCCGAAGCAGGCGACUUGCAGAACAGACACCACGAGACAGCCAACGAGGUGCUCAUGGCUCUAUACAAGCGGCGAAAGGAGAACCCCCCACCCCCUUCUUCCGUCACGUACGCUCAAGAUAUGGACGGUGAUGUUGACUUUGCCGCCACUACACCCACGGCGGGUAACUACACCGGGUCAGCCGUUGCGACAGAGGCAACCAACGCAUUACUCGUUCGAAUUGGAUCUAUAAUGGCUGAAGCUAAUAGGCGCCUUGCCCGCGCGUACGGAGAGGCCAAGACACCUCCACACAGCAGUGGUACCGGUCCCGGCGGUGGAGAGGACAUGACCAACCCCAAGGGCCUGUACGAGCAACUAGAAGCCGACCGAGAGAACAUCCGAAGUCAAAUAGAAGCCCUGCAAGCCAAGGAAGAAGAAAGCGAAGACCUUGAUGCCCAGCUAGCACGUUUCAACGAGAUCAAAGCCAGGUACGAGUCGUUACUGAACCAGACACACGACCUAGAGCUCACUUCCUUAUAUGAGUCAAACGGUAUCACGGAAGAUGCAGGCGACUCAGAUGCAAACCAUGAAUUAGCACCAGAAGAAAUGUUAGAACUUUACACGCUCGCCAACGAACUGGCUCAAGCACAAGCCGACCGGGACGAGGCAGUGGCCCAACUCAUCCGCCAAAGAGCAGACGCAGGCGUGAGUACCAAGCUGGACGUGCAUCGGAAGCUGGUCUCGCUAGCCACCGGUCUGGCGGAGGAGGAACUAGACCCAAUGAGCAGCGAGCUGGCAGAUGCCCUUGAAUUUGACCGUGCCAACGAGAAGAGAUCUGGUCCUGCCCCAAACACGGCCAGACAACUGAUGGCUACUGGUGAGCCAGACCCAGAAUCUCCUGGUACAAGAAGUCGAAGCGUCAGCCAGAAUGGCCAUGAUGGUAUCGGCGGUGGCGGCAACAGUAAUGCCAACGAGACAACGAACGGGCUAGACAACGACCAUGCUGUCGACGCUAGCUCGGUAGCUUCCUGA